AGGGAAAGAGAUAUACUCCAGUAUACAGGAGGACGCAUAGCUAGCAAUUAGCAUAUCAUAUAGGAUUGGAUAGGAUAGGAGUACUAGCCCAUCAGCUGUUGCUGUUGACAAACAAACAAAUUCAUUCUCCUAUUCCACUACUGUAUGUAUACUGUACUCCUAUAUAAGAAGGAGGGAGUUGUAUGGGGAAAAUUGGAUGAUCGAUUUAGAUUGAGGAACCGAAUCAACUCCCAACUUUCUUUCUAGCCCCACUCACUCUUUGCCAAUUGCCACUUCCUAGCCUACUACUCUUUCACUUGUGUUUCUUUCUGGCUGUGUGCUCCUCUCUCUCCCUCUCUCUCUCUCUCUCUACAUAGAAGCCAACUGUGAUAUUGUAUUUUGUAUGGCCGCCAAUUCGAGGACUACUCGGGGAGUCGUGGGCUUCGCCAAGCGUUUCCUUAACCAGAUCAUUCCACUCGGAACCUCUCCCCCUCCAUCUCUCUCUCCUUCACUUCCUCUCAUCAGGAGGGCUGUGCACGUUUCAGUGUACGACAAGAACGUGGAUGAUCAAGUCCGUCCAACGGUGGUCCCAGAUGAGGUAAUAGAGCCUCAGUCCGACAAAUACUGGGCUCCACACCCUCAAACUGGUGUAUUCGGCCCUGACACCGGGAAUGACCCGGUUCCAGGAGGAGAAUCGUCGGCAGUGAAUGGUGGGGAGGACUCAGUGCUGGAGCAGAAGGCCUUCUUCCGCCCCCUUGAAGAUUUGGAGAAGCCAAUGGAAGACUUGGACGAGUCCCAACAACCUUGACACACAGCAAAAGGAAUAGACCGUCCUCUGGAUUGGAAAUAUUCAAGAACAGAGGACGGUAAAGCAACCAGGGAGCUUUAGGUGUCCCCUAAGAUAUCAAAGUAUCUACCUAUGGCGAUAUAAAUAAAACUGGUUUUCUGUUUUAUGUUCAUGGAGACCAUAUAGCUGGGGGAGUUGAGUAAAGGUGUAGUAUUGUGGAAGUAUUGUGUUGUAAGUUUGAGAGAGGAGACAUGUUAUGGUAUGCACUCCGAACUUUGGUUUGCUACAAAAACACUUGGUUAAAUACAUAUAUGUUGGGGUGUUGUCCUCUAUGGUUGUA